AUGGCCGCUUGCUAUUGUCGCCGAGGUCUCCGAGCGCUUUGGGCUUUCUUAGCGGUAACUGUGGGGCUUAAAGGAGGAUCGGGAGUGUUAGAUGCCGCUGUUGUCUCCACAACCUAUGGUGACGUCAGAGGGUCAGAGUUCAUGACCUCUGGUGUUGUCGGAAAUGCCGUCGUUGACCGAGUUUUCACCUUCAAGGGGAUUCCUUAUGCUGCCCCACCUGUAGGAGACCUCAGGUGGCGCCCUCCCGAGGACCCUGUCAGCUGGACAUCCGAACGUGACGCCACCGAGUUUGGGCCGGUUUGCCCCCAGAAUCCCGGAGAGGGGCCGGAACCGUACCCCAUCUUCCAGGAAUUCGUUGCUCGCAGUAACUCAACCAGCGAGGACUGUCUGUUCCUGAACGUGUACACCCCAAGCGUUUCCGACAACGCCAACCUACCUGUGAUGGUGUGGCUACACGGCGGGGGUAUGGUCCGUGGCUCUGGCGACGAGUACCCAGCCGAGAUCCCCACGUCACUCCAUAACGUCGUCAUGGUAACCAUCAACUUCCGGCUGGGUAACCUGGGCUUCCUGCCAACUCUGGACAACGACGCACCGGGAAACUUCGGUCCUCUAGACGCGAUGAAAGCCCUUGAGUGGAUCCAGGCGAACAUCAGAAACUUUGGAGGAGAUCCUGACCGAGUCACCAUCUUCGGCCACUCUGGUGGGAGCUGGGGCGUGUCCCUGCUGGUCAUGUCUCCCCUGGCAAGGGGCCUGUUCCACCGGGCCAUCUCUCAGAGCGGCGUGGCGGGAGUUCCAGUGACUGAGAAGGGUGACCUCACACGAACAGAGACCCUUGCUAGAGGGUUAAACUGCACCACGGCCGACUACGAUGCAAUGAUGAGCUGUCUUCGAGGUAAACCAGGUGAAGCUGUAAAGCAAGGAGCGGCCAUAACAGCAGUCAUCGGUGGAACAUUUCUCCCGGAGAGUCCAUGGGACCUGAUGUUCAGGAAGGAUAUCAACAAUAUUGACUAUCUCCUGGGCACCGUCAAUAACGAAACUGCCUUUGUGGAUGACGAUGGGUUGACCAGACAGGAAUUCCAAUUGCAAUUGCCAUUCAGUUUACGCCGUAUUACCGCUCAGUACGUGGGUGGGACGGUGGAUGUGCUCGUUCAGCCUGUGACAGACCAGUAUGUGGACCCGGGCAAGUGGGACGACAACAUCUACCUAGGGUUCCAAUUCCUCCAACAGGGCACCGACUCCGUGUUCGCUGCUCCGACCGUUCUGAUGGCUCAGGCCGCAGCAGAGCACGGCCGAGUUUAUCAGUACGAGUUCCAGCAGGAUUCAAACGCGUUCUCCUGGCGUCCGUCCUACAUCAUGGCGGACCACGGAGACGACGUGUUCUACACCUUCGGCAUCCCGCUCCUGCGUGACGACACUGGGACCUCCUGGAAGUACAACUUCACCCAGGAGGAACGGGACCUGAGUCUGGACAUGAUGGCUUACUGGGUAAACUUCGCAACCAACGGAGAUCCAAACGACUCAACCGGAUCAGCACGCAUGCGCAACAUGGUUUCCUGGCCACGCUACGUGACGUCAUCUCAGUCGUACCUCCAGCUGGACGUGACGUCAUCUGCUGACGUCAAACUUCGGGAGGACCUGAUGACGUUUUGGAACGAGGAGGUGCCGAGGCUGCUGGGAAAGAAUGUCACACGUGUUGGCUCUGGUGGUAACGGCGGGCCGUCGUGCUCCAGCCAUUUCAUACUGGCGUUAUCAUUGGUUUGCGGUCUAAUUACGUCAAUCUAGAAGCCCUCCCAUUGGCUGGGCCUGCAACAAGCUUGGCAGCAAACACACCUUAGUCAGUCGUAUCAUGACUAUGAUCACAUAGGCCACAAAGGUUGUGAUUUAAGAGCCUUAAGUUUGUUUUUUGUUUGUUUGUUUGUUUGUUUUUUCUGUGAGUGAGUUUGACUUUUUUGUGUAACCAAGAAGCUAUAAUUGUUCAGGGUAUAAAACGACUGAACAUCAUUUAGAAUAGAUAUGUGGUGAUUUGGCUAGUGAUCCAAGUUCAUCCGAGUAAUACAAUACAGUCUAAGGAAGUAAAACUUACAUAAGAAGACUUAAAUUUUCAAUGUUAAUGUUGGUAAACCCGUUGUACAAUGUUUCAUAUCUCAGGUGUCAAGAUCAUGGAGCUAGAAAAGGUUUACAUUUUCGUUUGAAAUAGUCCUAAAAUAUAUAUUGGGAAUUUUCAAUAUUAAUGUUGGUAAACUGGUUGUACAGUGUUUCAUCUCUCAGGUGUCAGAUCAUGGAGCUGGA